CCCCGGAUCCCGCGCGCCCCGCGCCCCCGGAUCGCCCGCCUGCCCCCCGCAGAGCUUGCAACGGGCAUCGCAGCUCCAGCGCUGACGUCCGCCGCCGCCCCCCUCCCGGGCACCCCGGGCCGGCCCCGCGCCGCUUGCAGGUGGCGCUCGCACCCGCGUCCUCGGGCGCCCCCUGCCGGGGAGAGCGCGGGCGGGAGCCGGGCCGCGGCGCGCGGCAGGCCGGGCAGAGGGCGCGGGCGCCGGGGAGAAGCCGCGAGCGUCCCCGAUGGUGCCGCCGCCUCCGAGCCGGGCACGCGCGGCGACGGGGCAGCUGGGCAGGAGCUUGGGUCCGCUGCUGCUGCUCCUGGCGCUGGGACACGCCUGGAGCUACCGCGAGGAGCCCGAGGACCACGACAGGGAAGUGUGCUCGGAAAACAAAAUCGCGACGACCAAAUACCCGUGUCUGAAGCCCUCGGGCGAGCUCGCGACCUGUUUCAGGAGGAAGUGCUGCAAAGGAUAUAAAUUUGUUCUCGGACAGUGCAUUCCAGAAGACUAUGACGUGUGUGCAGGGGCGCCCUGCGAGCAGCAGUGCACAGACAACUUCGGCCGCGUGCUCUGCACCUGCUACCCCGGGUACCGCUAUGACCGGGAGAGGCACCGCCGGCGGGAGAAGCCCUACUGCCUGGACGUGGACGAGUGCGCGGCCGGCAACGCCUCGCUGUGCGCGCACACUUGCGUCAACACGCCGGGCAGCUUCCGCUGUGAGUGCCGGGCGGGUUACGUGCUGGAGGACGGCGGCAGGACGUGCACCCGGGCCGACAGGUACCCCAACGACACUGGGCACGAGGAGAAGUCGGAGAGCGCCGUGAGAGCCGGGACCUGCUGUGCCACCUGCAAGGAGUUCCAGCAGAUGAAGCAGACGUUGCUGCAGCUCAAGCAAAAGAUCGCCCUGCUCCCCAACAGCGCUGCCGACCUGGGCAAGCACCUCGCCAGGGACAAGGUGCUGGCCUCCAACGCGUACCUGCCGGGCCCCCCUGGCCUGCCGGGGGGCCAGGGCCCCCCUGGCUCUCCAGGACCUAAAGGGAGCCCCGGCUUCCCCGGGAUGCCCGGCCCCCCAGGACAGCCGGGUCCCCGCGGCUCCAUGGGCCCCAUGGGCCCGUCUCCGGACCUGUCUCACAUCAAGCAAGGCCGGAGGGGCCCCGUGGGCCCGCCGGGUGCCCCGGGCAGGCACGGUGCCAAGGGGGAGCGAGGGGCUCCGGGGCCCAGGGGCUCUCCGGGCCCCCCCGGCUCCUUUGACUUCCUGCUGCUCAUGCUGGCCGACAUCCGCAACGACAUCGCCGAGCUGCAGGAGCGCGUGUACGGGCCCCGCGCCCACACAGCCGACGGCUUCCCCGCGCCUCAGGAAUUCUCCAGCUACCCCGAAACCCUGGACUUCGGCUCGGGAGACGCCACGCCACCACGGACAGAGGCCGGAGACUUGGGCGCCCCCGGAGACGUUUUCCCAUAGCCCCCUACCCCCACCACACACACACACACACACACACACACACACACACACACACACACACAGAGCCCGUCUCCAGGCGGAAGGAGGAGUUUCCACCUGCUCGUCAGCUGCUCCAGAAAAGGAAAGCCGGCCCGCAGACUGGGAAAGGAUAUGGCUGUGUUUCCAGAACCUUCUCCUGCCCUCUGCCUUCAUCUCUCUUCCAAACGCUCUCUCAGGCCGGACCCCAGACUUCUCCAGCCGCAACGGGACUCGGGAAGGGGUGUCCUUGCAAACCUCCCACUAAGGCUGGGGGCGUUUCCACAUGGCACCCGUGGGCUCCGGGGCCGAGCGUGCCCCUGGGAAGAGCCCUCUGGCCAGGGAGGGCAGGCACAGCCCCUCGGGCAGCACCCUCGACUCGUCCCCACACAGGCUCCCCUCCCUGGUCUGACAGUAUUGGGGGGUCUCUGCUCUGAGACUGAGACCCUCCGAUGGCCGUGGUCUCCGCCACGCUCCGCCAGGGGCUGUUCCCUACACGGCCACUCCUGGGCGGUGCCUGUGUGGCUGUUUCCUUUCUGCCCAUCAUCUCUCGCUCCUUUGGGGGAUUUGUUGAGAGACAACCUACCGCCGGGCCUUGCCGGUGCCCGAGGGUCGCUCUGCUGCCCCCCUGUAAGGCAGGGAGGGGCCGGGUCUGUCUCUCCCCCCUUCCUGACGCCUGCCUCGCCCUGGACACUCUCUGCUCUGUCUCUUGCAUCUUUCCUGCCCCGCCUCCGUCUCUCAGACCUUCAUGGUGGGCCACCCUCCGGCCUGCAGGAGACCCACCCCAAAACCCAGCCCUGGCUCACUUGGACUAAGAUGGCCGAGGCCAGUGGUGGGCGAGGGCGGCAGCUGGUCCAUCCUUGGCCCCAUGAGACGGUUAAGUCUGGCUCCCGUCCUUUUCCUGAAGGAGCAGUUUAUGGUUUAAAAGCAUUCUUUCUUUCUGUUGUCAGCUGCACAUCAAAUAUGACCACACGGCACAGUUUGCCCCGGGAGAGGCAGACGGACGGGUGGAUGGAUGGAUAGAAGAAAAAGACAUGACGAUGGGAGUAUCUGCAGAAGGUGCCAUUCGGCCCGCCUAUGGCGUCCCACAAGGUCCCUGUGCAGACGGGACUUUACAGAAUCCAAAGGAAAAGCCACUGGAGGGUUAAUCUGCUGCAGUUUCGCAGAACCCUUUUAUGGCAUUACGGGGAGUGAAGACCUUGUGUAGCUUCCCCCUUUUGGCAGACGCGCCGGCUUCGAGUCUGCAUGGCCGGGUAACGUGGAGUGUAGGGCAGGGCCUGAUCAGUGCGUCUGUCUGGGGAAGGGACGGGACAGGGAGCCUGCUGCUGAAAAAUGCAAGUUCCUUCAGGAAACGGUCCUCCCUCCCCCUCCCGGAGGGAGACUUUGAUGUCCCAGAAAUGGGGGCAACUGAAGGUGCCUCCCCUCUCCUGCAUUAUUCCAACCCCUGCCACAGGGAGCUGACUGAUCACAAUCAUAGGUAUAGAGGUCUAUCCACAGUCAAACACCUGUCGGCAUGGAGGCGAGGGUGUGUUAUGAGGAUGCCGGGGAUGGAAGCCCGGCCAGGUUCCCUGGGUAUUGGGCCUGGAGCUUUCUCCCUGACUCGGGGUGACAGCAAAUCCCCUGUUAUACUCGGGGAAUUGCCCCUUCUCCUCCUCUCCCAGCACCCCGACCUGUCAUAGAGAUAGCAUCCCCAUUGUGCAAACACCUUCGAUAAACGCCCCUGCCAAGGAAAUGUAUUUGCAGGAACACAGAGCAAAUGGGCAAAGAGAGGAAAGCCAUUGAGUCACAAAUAACAGAGUCCGGGACGUUGGCGCCAUUCUUGGUGCCAUCAGCAAACAGAAUUCACAACAAAUCAAAAUUAGAACUUAGGGGGGUCAGAGAGAUAGGACAGGGGGCAAGGCACUUGCCUUGUAAAUGGCCAACCUGGAUUCGAUCCCUGGCAUCCCAUAUGGUCCCCUGAGCACUACCAGGAGUGAUUCCUGAGUGCAGAACCAGGAGUAACCCCUGAGCAUCACUGGAUGUGGCCCCAAAACAAAACUAAACAAAAAAAAAUAGAACUUUUCAUCUGCGAGAAGGAAAACAACAUCUGUCCUGGUUCCAGCCUAACAUCUUGGCGUCCUCAUGCUCUUCCCCCAAAUGUCAGUGACACUCUUGCACAUGUCCCAGGGACCUCCACGUUCCCAACCAGACCCACCCCCCAACCUCCCCUGAGGACUGUUCAUGGCAGGUCCAAGUGCAGGCGAGUGCGUCUCUGUUGUGAGGGUGACGCUCUGAAGGGCAGGAUGAGACAUCCGUGCUUAAUAACAAAGUUAUUUUUCUUA